AGAAGGCAAUCUUUUUCUCCCAAUUAUUUGAAGCAGAACACUAUCUACUGUGGGUUCGAGUUUUCGGGUGCAGCAGCAAGAUGCCGCACCAACAGUGACCGUAGCCGAAGUGUGUGUACACGCGCGCCCCGGGUUUCCCCGUUUUCCCAACCAUUGGGAAAGAGGAGAAUUUCGGUUUUCCGUCCGUCCAUCGGUGGAGGGAUUCAGUGCGGUAGAUCGUAAGGUUCGGGAGAAUCGUGAAAAGAGGAGCAGUAGGAGCAGUAGCAAUCGGUUCUACUACACACCGCCUACACUACACAUCUCGAAAGCCGCCCCUUGAGAACCACAGAGAAGAAGGUGGCCGCAUCGUCUACCGUUUCGGGUGCAGCAGUAGGCCGCCAAUAACGUCGUAUGCCGGAACACAGCAACACCACGAAGACGAAUUUCCUUCCAAUUGCCUACGACUACUUGAUCCAACAUGACGGCACCCUUAAGUGCACUAUGAUCCGUGGUGGGUGGUGGUGGCGGUGAUGACGAACUGUACAUCCACCCCGCCUGCCUCCAAAGAUCGAUAGACAUCCUCUUCGAUUGGUGAAAAAAAUAAUGGACGAACAAUCAACCCCAUGAUGCCCCAAGGGAAGCAGAAAAGAUGCGACUAUAGUGCGUAGAGAGAAGGGUUCAACAAAUAUGCUCUCUACGUUUGUUGAUGCAGCAAAAGCGAAAAGCGGGAAACGAAACUACUGCUUGCCAGCAUCACCCAGUAGUAAGGCUACACAGCUUGAUUACCGAUGGCCAGGCUGGAACUGUGCUAUGAAACGUUCUGACAUGGCCUACGCGCUGCCAUUAGAAUCCGCCAAACACGAAGCCCAUCUUCCCAUCGAUAUCAGCUUUGAUAGAACCGUCAGGUGUGAUCCAUUGGUAGCAGAGGAGGCGCUGGAUUCGGUUGCCGAAGAAGCAGCCGUAGUAGCACUAGCAGCAGCAGCAGCAUCACCAUCAUCAACGUUACCAUUGACAAUUUAUGCACAAGAGCAGAACGUGCAUCAGCAAAUCUUGUGCUCAGAAGAUCGUUCGCAAGUGGUGUGUUCCGCGCGAGGCACAAAACCUUACCUAGCAUCGUGCUACCUAGAAGCAGAGCUACUGGACGAUUGUUGCCAUUAUCCUCGCCAUAGCGGUGAAAAGGACGACAGUUGGGGCAUCUGUUGCAGAGUAGCACAUUAGUCGCUGAGAUCGGAUCGCGACGGUGCUGGAUUCGUGUACAUGAAAAGAGCCGUUCAGCGAAAACCCGCUGGGAACUUUGUAUAAAUUAAGUGAAACAAGAGUGUUGUUAACUCUCUACGUUCCGGUUGUGUGUGUUAAGUGUAGUGUGUGUAGUGCAGAGGUGGAUUGGCAAGCCGCCCUUAAACGCAAACGCCACGCCUGAAAACACGAAUGUUUGUUCCUUCGUUAGUAACAGAGUGUAGCCGUUUUUGAUAGAUGUGUGCUGUGGAAGUGAUUGGAACGGAAAGUAGACGAACUUUGAGUGCAGCAGCAGCAACGAAAACCAAGCAACAUGUCUGCUGCUUCCAUGAACAGUAAUGCCAGCAGCAGCAGUAGCAGCAGCAGUACGUUCAAGAACAGCGCACCAGGUGAAAGCAGCGGGGCCAAUGGAGGAGGCAGCAACAGCAAUAGCGGUGGUGGUAACACUGCUUCUUCGCCAGCAAAUGUAGUAGUUCUCGAGAGUGGGCCUGCUGCCAUUCAACAACACCAUCAGCCCCAUCACCUGACUAACCAUCCUCAUAUGAUGGACAGCAACGACGUGGUGACUGCGGCCACCGGUUUGCAACAGCUCUCGAACGCCGCAAACGCAAUUAAAUUACGCGAGUGCGCUGUACAGUAUUCCAAUUUGAUCAGCUAUGGAAGCAACAGUACCAGCAGCAGCAGCAGCAGCAGCAGCAGUAGCAGCAGCAAUAAUAGUUUUAGCAACAAUGGUAACAUCGUAACCACCAGCAGCAGCAGCAACAGUGGCAGCAUCACCAGCACUAACAAUAGCACUAGUAGCCAUAGCGCCCCAAUGAGCAACAGCAUAAACAUGCUAUCGCAGCCGGCGCCCGCGUCCGAUGCUGCAGUUAGCGGCGUUCCCCUGGUAACAGCGGCGGCGCCAACUGGUGGCUCUCUCGUUCAGAUGCUCGGUAGUGCAACCAUUGUCUCGAAAGCCCAUCCGCAUCAUCAGCAAUCGGCACAGCAUGCCUUUUCGCAACCACAAACAUUCAACUACAUCGAUGCUGCGGGGAAGAACUUUAACGUGCUCACGUCUACAGGUGCCAAGUUGGGCCCAAGUGCGAAGCUGAUCGGUGUGCCGUUUUCGAAGGUGAAGAGUAUUACCACGACAACUACCAACCAAACGCAGCCCCAACUUCAGCAGCAGCAGCAGCAGCAUCCGCAGCACAUCGUAGUGUCGGCUACCGUUGGUAGCAGCGCUGGCGGUAAUAAUACUAGUAGCAGUAUGUCUACAGCACCAAAAGCACCGAGCACGAUGGUACACAAGCUGACCGUUCCAAGGAAUAUUCAGCUCGUAACACGGAUACCAUCGAGCAACAGCAGUAGCAAUGCCGGUGGCGCAGGAAGCACAACGAGUACCGUCACCACGCUUAGUAACGGUGGUCGGAUAUUGCAGACGCAAACACAGUAUAACACGCUGCAGGACACCGGCGGAGGAGGUGUAGGAGCUGGUAUCGGAGGAACAACAACGACGACGUUUGAUCUGAAAAGCCUUGUUCCAGCAGCUCAUUCCGUGAAGCCCGUUCCGGUAACAAGCAAGAGCAAAGUCGGCCAGAAUGCUUCCCUCAAGUUGCUGCAACAAAACGCUAAACCACUUUCUGCUGCAACGGUAACGCUCCAGGGCAAAGGAGGCCAGCAGUUACCGAUGUCGCAGCAAAUCACCGGUGGGACAGCGAUGGUCAAUUUAAGUCUCAAAGCUGUAAGGAGUGGCGUCGGUGUCGGCGUGACAUCAGGGAAGACUGGUGCUGCUACCAUCACCCUUCCUACCAGUAAUGCCUCGGCGUUCUAUAUGAAGGGUGGCAGCGUGGUAGUUUCGAAUGGUAACGGAACGGUAUCGCUCCAGCAACCACUCAUUUCAUCACCACACUACACCACUACCCCGCCAUCGGUGCAAACGACCGUUAGUUUUCAGCAUCCAUCCUCGAAUACCCUUCAGCAGCAUCACCACCCGGCGUCAAUGAUGGUACAAACGUCGGCAAGUCCGUCAAUGGGCGGCGGUAAUGUAAUGGUGGCUACAACCACCACCUCCUCUGGAACUGUCAAGUUCUCCGCCAGCGCCCUGCACGGACUGGCGAAGCUUUCGACGCCGGCUGCCACAGGCAACGGAGCUGCCAGUAACCUGCUGAAAACGACCAAAAAUCAAUUGAUUCAAAUAUAUCCGCACCAUCAACAGCCACAGGUGUCGGCAUCGUCUCCUGCAGCAUCUUCACCAUCGCCCCACUUUAGAACGCAGUCACCAGGAUUGACGACUGGGAAUGGCAACGCUGUUGCUAGUGCUCCUCUCAUGAUUUCCACCUCGGGAACUACCGGUGGUGGUGGGCCUCAGAUCGUACUACAGCAGCAUGCCGGCACGCCGAUGAUGCAUGUGUCGAGCACCGCAGGCAGCUUGCCGACGACGACGUCCACGGCAACGAUCGUGGGGAAACUAACAGCAACCGGUGGUCGCUAUCCGCCUGUAUCUUCCGCCAGUUUUUACACUGUUUCCACGUCGGCGUAUGGAGGCGGCGUAACCACAAUGACCACUACGAGCGCUACCAGCACCAUCACUCACGGUCACAAAGGUCUCAGCAAUCUCUAUACGGCAGCAGCGAGCGUUGGUGGAUACGAUCAGCAGCAACAACAACAGCAACAUCAACAUCAGCACCAACAACAGCAACAGCAUGAUGUGGUCACGAAAAUAAUCACUAAAAGUACGACUACCAGUGGUCCUGCACCAAAGGUGACGCCGAAGGCCGGUUCUGGUGGAAACCGUACUCGUCACAAUAGCGUUUCACAGUAUCACCAGAAUCAAGUACAGCAGCAGCAGCAGCAGCAGCAACAACAUCAUCUUGCGUCGUCAAAUGUUGUAUCGACGUCCGGCGCGACAAAGACUCCUUACGUAGCAGUCGAACAUCAGCAGCAGCAUGGAAGUACAGCUACCGACCAGCAACAACAGGCAGUAGCGAUGCCUAAUCAUGUCGGAUCGCCAGCAUACAACCAGCAACAAACCGGCCAUACUCGGUACUUGUACUCGUCCUCCCCUUCCAAGCCUGCACAGCAACAGCAGCAGCAACAAUCAAGCGAUGCAAUCGGUAACGACACCGGUUACUACAAUGGACAAUCUGACGAAACGUUCAUGGCCCGCGUCCUGCAGAGUUUGUCGAAGAAAUCGGCGGAAAGUGGACAGUACACAGCAAACGUGCCACCGGUUCACAACCGACAUAACCAACAACAGCCGCAUCAGCAGCAGCCUACGUAUGAAGUGCAAACGUCAGCAGCAACAGGAAGAAGAAUGAGCGUAUCAAACGAAGGAUCGAUUGUACUAGAACCGAGUCAAUCGAUAACUGCCGGUCCGGAUGCAGCAGCAAUGGCAGAGUACCGGGAUGAUGAAGAACUGCAUAGUGUCGAGGUGCGUCCGGCACCGAUCGAUCCUUCCACUGGUCGAAUGGCCGUGCUGCAGACGAUGCUACUGGAUCAUACCUAUUGCAACCCUAAAUCGUGGGGUUUAGCGGAACAGGGGGCACAAUGCGGAGCACCGCAGCAACCGCAACACCAACAGCUAUCGAUGAACCCACCGGCAGCUCCCUCGCCCAUGCCCCCGAUGAAUGCCCUCAUUCCCAUUGGUAGCAGUCAUAUAGGGGUGGGCUCACCGGUCGCUGCAGGUUUGCCAGUAGCGCAACUAGCUAAAGGAUCCUCAACGCUGUCGGGCAGCAUGUACGAGUACCUGUACCAGGCGAAAGGAGGCCUAUCGACGAACCGUCCUACCGAUGAUGAUGACACACAGUCGAUCAUCAGCAAUGGUUCGCGGUCCGGUGCCGGUCUUGAUAACGACCUCGGUGAGGAAACGGAUACGGCACCCGAGUGCGAGGGAGAGGAUGAUUCGGUGACGCGCUGCAUCUGCGAUCUGACACAUGACGAUGGUUACAUGAUAUGCUGUGACAAGUGCUCCGCCUGGCAACACGUGGACUGUAUGGGCAUCGAUCGUUCCAACAUUCCGGAUGAAUAUAAUUGCGAGCUGUGCCAACCUCGACCGGUGGACAAGGUACGAGCUCGUCAGCUUCAACUGCACAAACGCAAAGAACAGAGCCUGUUCCUGGCCAACAACAAUGUAGUGAGUGGGUCGACGAGUUCUUCCACCACCGGGACAACAGGAACGCUAUCUGCAAGUGGCGAGAACGGUAGUCUUGCCCAGCAGAUGCUGCUACCACCAUCAACACCAUCGAACGGUGGCAAAAGUAGUGCCCAUCAUGCAUCGUACAAUGCGCAGUACAACGAGCUACAGUCGAAAGGGGGAGCCAACUGCACUAGCGGUUAUAACCAGCAUGGCGGAUCGCAUCAACAUUUCAAUAGUGCGAGUAGCGGCGUGAAGAAUGCCAAGAAAUCUCGUUCAUCUGGCGGUGGAUCGCGCAAAAAGUCGGACAGCAUUUCGUCCAAUUCGUCAUCCUGCUCGUCAUCGACCGUGUUACCGUUCGGCAACAACAAUCUGGCCGUGUCAGCGUCGUUGGGCGGUUCGCUUAUGAAUGCGCCCUCGGUACCGGCUGGUGCCGUAUUCCCGCCAUCUUCCCACACAACCGAUCGAAUGAUGUUGGUUCCGGGCGGUUCCGGUACAAUCGGAGGAGAUGCAUCGGGAGCAGCGAGCGGUGAUUUGGGUUCAACCAUGCUAUUAGCCGCAGCCGCCGCCGCAGCAGGCCGAUUAGGAACAUCGCCAAUGGUUUCAUCACUGAACUGUGAUAGUAUGAACAAUGCUGGUGGAACUAUUGUUGGACCAGGGGGAAUAAUAGGUGGCAGCGGAAGCAUAGCUAGCGGAGGUAUAACGAAAAAGCUGAGUAAAAAGGCCGAAGCGGCCCUUAAUCGUCACAACAACAGCAACACGACCGGUGGCAGUAAGCGCAACAAGGAAGGGCUGCGAAACAACGCUUUGGGUACCGGGGCGAAACCCUCGAAGAAGAAAUCGAAGAGCGCCGAACAGAGCACGGAGAAGCUGACCAACAUGAUACGUACCUGGAUCGAUAGUUACGAGUGGGCCUCGACGAACCAUUACUCACCGGAGCUACGGGCAAGGCUGCAAGCAUUCGCCAAACAGCAACACUCACAGAACCCGCUGCUAAACGACAGCAGACUGUUGGUCAUUCCGGGAUCCGCUGCACUACCGCCACGGUGUACGACGGUGCCACAUGCCGGUGGUAAAAUACUGAUCGGUACGAGCGAUAUCGAACCACGUACACCCAUUAUAGAGGUGCGUGGUAAGUACAUGCUGACCAGUCAGCACAAACAGCUGCAAUCGUUGUUCAAUAUGGCGGCGAAUGGGAAGUUGAGUCAGAACAAGAAUGCGGGCCCAUUCCUGUUCCUGUACCAGCUGCCGAUGACGAGUUCCGGUGGCAGCGGAAUGGAACUAUGCGUCGACACGCGCACCUACGGCAAUGAUGCACGGUUUGUGAGGCGCUCGUGUCGUCCGAACGCUGAACUGCAGCACAGUGUGGAGAAGGGCGUGGUGCAUCUGUACCUGGUAGCGACGACCAACAUCAAAUCGAACACGGAAAUCACAAUCCGGCAUGAUGAGCAGCUGAUUCGGCGGAUGGGCGGUGUGGUCAUUCUCACGCACACGACCGUCACGAACGUGUGUGCGUGUGGGCUGAUUAAAGAUUGUGCCUACUCUGCGCAGCUUAGCGAGCCAACUCCGGCACAGGGCGCGAUGACUGGCAUCGGAAGUGCUAACAAUGGGCUCCCAUUGAGUAACAGUGCCGGGACAGCAGCAUCACCAACCACUCCGACCAAAACGAGCAGCUCCACUCGGCUAGGUGCUCAGGCAUUGAAGCGAAGCGUUAGUGAGAUUGGAACAGUGGGAACCGGAAUUGGAGCAGGUAGUACGGAGCCACCAGCAGGAAGGAAGUCUGGCACAAAGAAGUCACGCAACAACAGUACCAGCCGAGGAUCCUCCUCAUCCUUAUCGUGUUUCAGUGGAACUGUGGAGGGUGCGGCAUCGUUGGCGAUUGGACGUACUCGCACAAUGAGUGGUAGCGGUGGUGAACCCGGCGAAACCGCGUUCCCUGGCGCUCUCUCUCCGAUGAUGAUGCCGGAAGGACUAAUGCCACCGCAAUCGCAACUUUCCACCAUUCCACCUCCCUUGAUUCCCCCGGCACAUCUGCAUCAUUUGCUCCAACAGCAGCAGCAGCAACAACAACAACAGGACUUACAAGGCGCUUCGUUAGGUGGUGGCCUCUCGGGAGCAUCAGCGAGCCACCUCGGCAAUGGUCCAUAUUUAUUCGGCGUAGCAGGAAGCGGUGCAGGGGGCCCUCCAAUCAUGGCUUCUCCUCAACACCCGGCAGCAAGCAUAUCAAGUUCAUCACCCUACCACUGUUACGAUAUGAAAUCUCCGUUGAGAUCACCGCAGCCCCAUAUCAGCAGCUCCGGCAGCAUAACAUCAACGACGAACAAUGCAACGACACCAAUCGUUCUUCCCGCGGGCGUCCCCCAACCACUGACGCUCCCUUACCAUCCGCUUCACCAGCAGGCAAUAGCUGCGGCAGCGGCCGCCAGUUCACCGGCUAAUUCACCGAUCAACAAACAGUCCUCGCCAGGAGCAGGAGAAGGAACUGUACCAGGUCCACCAGAUGCGGCAGCAGCGGCCCUGCUGGCAAUGGCUGCUUCUUGUGGACCACGGGUGAACCUGAUCGAAACGUUGGCGACUGCUGCUACAGCUACUGUCGGUGGAAGCACAUCCGGCAGCACAGAGCACGGUUCCCAGAUGGAACUGAUACAGCAACAGCAGCAACUGCAUCAGCAGCAUAUUCUUGAGGAUGUGCUGAAGAUACAGAUCAAACCUUCACCACCAACGUCACCGAUGAAGCAACCACCAUCACGUCGCAGCUCAUCCGUUUCGCUACUGCUUUCACCGACGAAACCACCGAUCGUUGCACCGGUGGUGGCAACGGUCGCAGCAGUCGCUACUGCUACUGAAACAAUCACAGAACGGACGAUGGCCUUGAGCGACACUGAAGGGGCCGUGGCGAUGGUUGUUUCAGCAGUGAAACAGGAGCUACCGGAUGGAGCUAAGGAAGAAAAAAGCAAGGAGGAGAUGGACGAGGACGACAAGUUUGAGCUGCUGCAGUGUAAGGAGCAGAUGAUGAAGUUCGACUCACCAUUAUCGGAGCACAAGCCUCUGGUUGAGCCUGGAUCGUUUGAUGUGAAGCGGGAAGAAGACGCGGAACAGAAACUGCCAUCCGCGACGAGAGACGGUAACAGCGACAUCGUCAAGCGCGAACUGUCUUCACCGGAAAUGAUGGGACACGAAAGGAAGUCGUCCGUGGCGGAGCAGUUGUCAUCAGUGAGCUGUCGCAGUGGUGGUUCAUCGGUCCCUUCAUCACCCCUGAAGCGGCUUCAAUCGUCACAGCAGCACCACAACAACCACUCGUCCGUGCAUGGACCUACGUCGUCAUUGUCAUCCGGAUCGAGUCACUUUCAUCAUCAGACAAAUCAUCACUCUAAAAGCAGUAGCAGAAAGGCGGGUGGAUCAGGUGAUGGUAGUGUGCGAUCAGAGAAGAAGGCUGCAUCGGAGAAGCCAAGCCGUAAGCUGACCCGCGAGGAGCGCAAAAUGGAGGCAAUCGUGAAGGCGUUUGCGAAGAUGGAACAAUCGCAGCAACGCAAGCAGGAACUCAAGGAACAGCGAAAGAGUGGUGGCGACGGUGGCUGUUCUGGAUCCGGUGGUGUUGCCAGUGGCAGUGGUGGUGGCAAAAGGCGUAGUAUAUCCACUUCAAACACUUCCGCGCUGAUGAGUGGCAAUGUGUCCGAUGAGGGCACACUCGAUAGUUCCUCGUAUGGUGACAUUGGUAGCGGAGAAGGUGGUGGUAGCUUCGAGGGACGUAUCGUUUCACCGGGUGCCGCUACCUCCGGUUCUGUUGCAUUCCUGAAUUCAUCCGGAGGAUCGGCAAGUAGUAGCGGAAGCAGUAGCGCCGGGGGCAGUAAACGAAAACGUUCGUCCGUUCUCGGUAGCAAAUCCUCGAGCUCGUCCUCCUCGGCCCGGUCGAAGAAGAAAAAGAGCAAAGCGGUUAGCCAGCACUUUGCUUCCUCGACGCAGCAGCGCCGUAAGAAGCUCGCAGCGGCAGCACGUUCCAAGUCCAAGUCGAAAUCGAUCGACCAGCACGACCAGGAGCCUAAGCAACAGCAGCAGCAGCAGCAGCCGCAGCCGCUACCGAACGAUCGAGUACGAAUGCUGGCGGACGAUCAGCACUCAAUGCGGGAUCAGUAUGACAAAGCAGCCGAACUACUGCUGACAUUCUCGCAAUCGGCCAGCAACGAGGCGGUAGUCGGCACUGCGACACCACACCACCAUCAUCACCAUUUGCCAGUUACAAUGCAACAAGAUGCCGGUUCUGGUGUCGGCACUAGUGGCGCUGGUGCGAAUGAUGGAGGAAACCUACCGCUACUCAGCUCCGCUUGCAUGCUCAUUGAGGCCGCAGUUGGACCGCUUGAUCAUCUAUCCGGCUCGCAAACGUCCGCGCUGGGUUCCUCGCCUUCGGAUUCGACGGGUUCUUCACAGCUGGCCACACAGGUUCUGCAGCAGCAGGAACAACGCUUGAUUCAAUCACCCGGACCUGAAGCACACUACCACCUACAACCACCUCAUCAGGCGCCGCAGCUUCAGUCGGAUUUUAAGUGUCCUGUCAAAGCGAAAACGAAGAAGAGUAUGAGCCGUGAAUGGCUCAGUUCGGCAGCAGCAGCUGCAUCAUCAUCAAACUCGUCGGUUAAUCCAUCGGCAACAGAUCUGGAUGGAUCGAGUGAUGAUAAACAGUCAGGAACGCACCCAACGGAAGGAGGCAGCGAAACGCAGUUGGAGGUUACUGCUAACAGUGGUGGCCACAUACUGAUCGCUGCCAAGAAGGUCGAAGAGUUUAUUCUUCAAAACUCCUCAGUCCCAUCGCAGGACCUAGGCAAAUGGGCUACACCCUCUGCAAUGUCGCCGGCGACCAGUAACGAAGUGAGUGGAUCGGUGGGAGGUGGAAGUUUUGUCACAUCAACCAGCAACAGCAGCAGCAACAGCACGGGCAGCAGCAGUACUGCAGGUCCGACGGAGAGUGCCGCCGUUAAGAAGCGCUGGUUGCGACAAGCCAUCUCGGAGGAAACGGACGAACAUCCAACCGGUGGUAGUGGGCUGCAUUCGUCCUCCUCUUCGUCCUCGUCGCCUCCCCCACCGAACGGAUUCGCAACGCCACUCAAAAAGCGCAGAGUUGUACGAGAGAACCCUGCUGCGAUUGCCGUCGUAGCUGAUCCGCAGCAGCAACAACAGCAGACCCCGUUCGCCGGUGGCCCGGAUGCAUCGAGCAACGGUACCGAGAACCGAUACUGGCCGGAUCAUCAGCGUUCGUCAACAGCAACCACCGCCGGAACCACGGUGGAGAAACAGGCGAUGGAUCUGUCCCGUGCAGCGAUGCCAACCGGGCCGGUAAAGAUGCUAACACCACUGCAUUUUGCUGAUCCAGGCCCAUUGUUACCGUUGGCGCGAGCCAGCCCUACUACGCAGGCACAACCAACAGCAGCAGCAGCAGCGGCAUCAGGUACAACGCCGCCACCAACAGUACAUCACCAUCAUCCACUAUUGCAACAGAUCCAACAACAUCAUCAUCAUCAUCUGUCGCAUCCGCAGCAUCAUCUGUCCCAUCCACAUACGAUCCCACUGGAAAUGGUAACCGGUCAGUUGCAGUAUGACAGUACGGGUACCGGCGGUACGAUGUUGGCUUCUUCGGACGCACCACAACCGGUGACAGUAGUGGCGACACCCGGGUCUCCUGCGAUGGUGAUGGUUGUGCCGGAUGUCGUUACUUCGCAGGUGGCUAGUGCUGAACGUAUGGAAGAAACAUCUGAGCUGUACCUGACCGCAACGGAGCAGUAUGCACAGCAGGAAACCGUGUCAACAGCGAUAGAAGAGAGAGAAGUUAUGGUAGAACCGACGGUAACGACUGUACCGGAUACGACAGCUUCUUCAUUAGACGUGCCAGAUACGGCAGUCGUGGCCACUCCAGUAACACCACGCAGCAAGGGAAGCCAAAAGUACAUGGCGAUGGAUGUGAUGAAGGUGGAAGAGGUGAAAGAGGACCAACAGCAGGUAGUCAUGAUGGAUUCGGAAGAUAACUUGCAGCUAACGAGCCAGGAAGUGUCCGCAAACGAGGUGGAAGAGAUUACCGAGGAGACAAUAGUUGUAGAACAACCUUGUCUAGUGGAGCAAGUGGAAAUUUCCACGGAGGUGGUUCACGAUCAUGAAGAACCGAAGCCAACGGGGGCGGCAGAGGAGGAACGCGAGGAAAAGGAUGUGGCCGCAUUGUUGCAAUCGCCAUCGCCAUCGUCAGUCGCUGCAACGGAGGAGAAAAAGGUAGUCGAGGAGGAGGUGGUGAUCGACAAAACGGAAGCCACCGAAGACCACAGUCUGCUGCUGGUAGAGGAAAGCAUUGAAGACAUACCUCCCAGGGAUACUUCGUCGCCGUUGCCUAAUGAAGUGGAGGUGGAAGUGCAAAGUGAAACCAUCGAAUCGUCAAAGCAGGAGGAGAAGGUCGAAAAGGACGAGAAGGACGUGAUCUAUCGAGGGGAGGAUGAUGACCACCAUGAGCACGAGCUACAGUCACUGACGGAUGAUGAGCAGAAGGAGCUCAAAUACUGCGAGGCAGAGGAAGAGGCGGGCCGCCGUGGAUCCCCAUCCGUCGCCGAUAAUCUGAACACGUCGAUCAGCGCAUCAUUGUCGUCGACGUUCGAUGAGAUUGUGGAGACGAUCGUUGAGGAGCAACUGGCGGCCAUUGACCAGGGGCGGACGAUCGGGCAACCGAAUCUCGAUAACAUCAGCAGCAGUGAGGAAGAGGAUGAAGACGAUGACACCGACAUGGCGUUACUGGGAGGGACGAAAAAAAGCCAGAAAGACGAGUUGGGCGAUGCGUCGAUCGAACAGGAAAUGAUGCAGAUGAUGUACGAGGAAUCGUCAACGACGACAGCAGCGGCAACGACCGGUGCCUCCGGUGGUAAUCGAUCAGCAACGGCGAUAAAGACUAACGCUGCCGUUGUUGUCGGUGGUCGCAAGAAGGACGCGCCUGACGGGAUAUUGACGCCUUCCGUUCGUGCCACCAAUGGAAAGGACACGGGAAACGUGAAAGAUCCUCCGUCGACCGCUAAACCACCGGCACUGUCGUCGGAUCGAAUCGGAGAGAAGAACGAGCAAAAUGAGCUGGAAGACCUGCAGAAGGUGAUUGCUUCGUUUCACACGGAAAACAUCAUGAAUCUGAUCUCGCGCAAUCGCAGUAAAUCGAAGAAAAAAGGAACCAGCCUUACGCCCCCGGAAACUAGUAGUGUGGUCUCUGGUCAUCAUCCACCACCGAAGAAGCAACUCAAGCUCAACUUUGAUCUCAACUGUUUGAAGGAACAGAACCAGGGAACAGAAGCUCAAUUAGCAGCAGCAACAACAACAACAGCAGCAGCAGUAGCCAGCAUCACUACACCAAAGGACGCACCGUCGAGUGUCACCGUCGUAAGCCAAAUUCCAACCGUGCUACAGGCUACGCUUCCACCCUCUUCGGUGUCGGUGUUGGCCUCGUCGACCACUCUAUCUCCUGCCGUUGCCGGUGGAAUUGGGACCGGUUUGUUGGGUGCACCGAUCCCGUCAAUCACCACCUUCGGCUCGGAACCGAUCCGGUCGUUUACCACGCUACGCUCGGAUCCGAUAACGCCGACGAUUGGUGCUGGUAGUCAUCUGAGUACUCUCGGUGCUUACCAUCUUCCCCAUCAUACCCAGCCGUCGCCAGGCGCAGCUCCGCUCCGUAGCUCCGUUUCCUCGAUGUUCAACGAUUAUCCAUCGCCGUCGAACGUUGGCAUUAUUGGCAGUAGCUCCUCUAGUGUUACCUCAUCCGGCGCAACAGCUGGUGUCGGUGGUAUCUAUCAAUAUCGCUCGGAGGUGUCCAACUUGCUGGAGCGUACAAUGCUCGCGCAUCGCACGGCUACCGCUGCCUCUGUCGAUCGGCCAGCCAGCUUCUCGACACUUGGCUCCCUGUCCGUGUCACCAUCGACCCUAGGAAAACCGUCACUUCUCUCCGGCAUUACGGAUCAGAUGACACCUAGUGGGGCGGGAGUGACAACGGCGGGAACUGUUGGAGCCAUAGCCUCAGUCGGAGGAGGAGGAGGAGUGAGUGGUGCGAGUGCGAACACAGCAGCUGCUGCAACCGGGAUAGGCCACUACCCGAAGAUCUUCACUAAAACGGCCAGCUCGGAUCCACGUCUCAACCCGGCCCUGCUGUCGGCCGGCAGUAGUACCGAGUCAGUACCGGGUGCUGCAGGAACAUCGGCCGCUGCAGCAGCGACGCCGAAGCGUAAGCUCUCACUGACGGAGUAUCGCAAGCGGAAACUGCAGACCAGCACCAGUACCGACUCCAGCCCAACGUCCAUUAGCUCGGUGAGUGGCAGCGCAAUAUCCAGCAUCACCACCAGUCCCCCAUCUGCCUCUUCCAUAACCAUGAGUUCGAUUGUGCCGUCGCGGCUGCUCGGUACGUUGAUAACGAAUCGGCCAGGAAGGGAAGAACCACCAACGAUCGGUGGUAGCACUGCUGUAGGGCCAUCGAAGACGAUCGCUAUUGGUGGUGGAGGAGGAGGAGGAGGAGCAGGAGGCGGAUCAUCCGCGGUUAGCAGCACGAUCAGCAGCAACGACGUGAGCAGCUCUAUCAGCCGCGAGUUGGAGCUGGAGCUGGAGCUGCAGAAUGACGUCGACAAACCGUCCGGCGAUUCGAAGGCGAAAGCUACACUAGCCACGAGACGCAACAGUGCCAUGAACAAUACGAUCACUACUGCGACUGGAUUGAGCAAUGGCACAACAGUACCAGCGGCGGCAUCGGCGGGAACCGGCAUUGGUGUGCCAUCGAUGGUUGGAAAAGACGGUAGAAAAGUUACCGGAGGGGGCGGCAGCAGUAGUAGCAGUGGAGCCACCUCUCCAGAACAAAACAAUCUACACAACCUUCACCAUUACAAUCACAAGCAUCACCACCACAAUCACUACGAGGCCCUUGCAUCGGCAGAAGAGAUAACGACCACCUUCAGUGCCACACCGACACUAGCCGAACUGCGCAGCGAGGGCGGAAUGUCGGCGGAACGUUUGAAGUCCUUGAAGUACUUCCCGUAGAGUUCAGUUUGAACGAAGACCACGAAGCAGAAGCAGCUUGUGAAAUUAUGCUGCACCAUCAUCCAACCUGUCAGUGCAACGCAACGAUGAUCCAUCGAUUUUUGACAUGCAGGCCGUGUCGCGCGGUUCCUAACAGUAAUGAGUAGCGGCAGCAGAUAGCAGACGAGGAAUCGAAACAAGUAGUAUCUCUAACAUGGAAUGUAAAUUUGUACAUGCUGUGUAACACGGUCAGCGCUUUCAAUCUAUGUAACCGAAUGGGGUCCACAAUUUGCGUGAAUGUGUUUUGCUGGGUUGUUUUUUUCAUUUUCCUUUUUUUGCUUCCCCCUACGCACGAUUCCCAGCAGUUCAUUGCAGGGCACAUGACUUUCGAAUAUUGGUGCCUAUAAUUGUCGGACGAGAAAUGUCGAUUCGUCUUCGUAGAUUCCUGCACCUAGAGUGAGCAGUGGGUUGAUUGAAUCAAAAACGAACCGCGUAAAUCAAAAUCACGCUAUCAAUUUGAAAACCAAACGAAAUAGAGUACCGCAAACAAACGCGGAAAAGUACCGCCCAGAAGGGCAUGGAAGGGUGUUGCCAUGAACAAUUUCAAGCAGUCUGCUGAUGCUGAUAGGAAAAUCGUCUCAUGAAUUGCAUCUCGCAGUUAAAGUUAAAUUUACUCCACCUAUAUUCCACCGUCAGCAUUAUCAUCAGUGUGCGAUUCCGGUGCAUACGAUUCUCGAAUGCAGAACACGCGAGCCUGUAGUAGGCGCGCAAGAAGAAGGCAAUGAAAUCCGAAUUUAAACGCUAGCUCUUGGCUAGCGUGUGGGCCUCUCUUACAAAACAAACACAAUCACACGAAAAGAUCACACUCUGUGUAUCUUCUUACUCGUUCUUUUGCGUUUAUUAAUUCGUUUGUUAGAAGUUUAGUUUGCGAGAUGCGUUAUGUAUAAGUAUGGUUUGGCAGAGAAAAAGGGACACGAAUACGCGAUAUGAAUUGUAGGACGGCGGCGGCAGCAUCGUUCAGAAGUUCACGUGGACACACACUGUGGUACGAAUAAUAGUAUGUUAUUAUUAUUAUUAUUAUGGUUGCUUAUUUAAAAUUCAAAUUGAUUAUUUAUAUCAGUGCACCUCCAUCUCAGGAUUUGGUGGUCGCCGAAUGGUUUGAAUGACAGAUACGUUGUUCAAUUUAGAAGCUAGGAGGUAUAUGUGAAUACAUACAUAUACACAAUAGACGGCCUUAUUGGUUCUGUUGCGUUGCUAUACUUUCUUCAAAACAAUAGAUUACAAUAGGGCGGGCUAUGCUGGAUUUGCUAAUCAUUUGAAGAAUAAUAGAUCACUUAUGAUGGCGUUCAUUCCUUCUAAACCACAGACACGCACUCACAAACAUGUUCAGUUACUCAAUUACUUCAAUCCAGUGAAUCAACCAGUUCAAAGAACCGCUGCGUGCUCCAACAAAGUGUAACCACCAACAUGGCGUUUAAUGAUGAUAAUGCAGCUUGAGAGCAAAUCCUUGAAACAUUCGUAAUCACACAGACCGGGCGCAAACGGAACGACUAGAGAGCGAAUAUUUAUGGUAGAUAACGGUGAGGCUAGAGGGGAGCACACAACGAACGCGAGGACAGGACAUCGAAAUGGAGAUUUAAGGUUUUAGAUUAUUUCGUUCUAUGCAAAGCAUCACCCAUCACACCGGUCUCUCAGGCACAGUCGGUUAUGUUGCCGAUUUUUCUAGGUUCCUAUUUGUGACCCGCCACACCCGGUUGUGGGUUGUCGGAGGAAAAUGAAUGGGAAAUCUAAAAGUGUGGACACCUUUCACUGUAAUAUAUAUAAAUAUACAUAGUGUUAGCAGCAUAUGGCAUCAUUAGAGUGAAGAGUAAUGUAAUUGAAUAAUCAUAAACUUGAAGCUAACUUGGUGAAUAGAACUCGUUGUGGUGUCACUUAAAGCUCGCGCUCGGUGCUGCUGCCCCGAGGGCAUUGGGAAUGUUUUAAUCUACUUUUUUUUUUAUUACUUAAAUAACAACACACUGUGGUUGUGUAGUUAUGGGGGGGGAUACAUUUUUUAUAUUGAUUUUUCAUGUAGUGCUAUAUAUAUACAUAACAUAUAUACUUCUAUGAAUCUAGCUAUAUAUACUGUACAUGCAUAUAUGUAACAUAUAACAAGCAGAAGAGAAGAUAAUUUAAUACAAGGAAGCUCCUAUACAAACUAGCAAAUACUGUAUGAUGAGACGGAUGAGCGAAAAUGAAUAAAUGCGGGAAGAAAUUUG